AUGCUUGUCUACAAGGAUCUUUUCACCGGCGACGAAGUCUGCUCGGACGCCUACGCCCACCUCAACCCCUUCGACAACGCUGACUUUGCUAACGUUGCCUUCGAAGUCAAGUCAUCUAAAGUGGCCAAGGGUAACGAGGACUACGGUAUCGCUUGCAACGAAGAUGAGGAGGGUGGAAGCUCGGGACCAUCUGCCGACCCCGGCGUGGAGAUGGUGAUCGACAUUGUCGACGCAUUCAGGUUGCAGGAGACCCCCUUCACCAAGGCCGAGUACACCAGCUACAUCAAGAAAUACAUCAAGCGUGUGGCCACCCACCUCGAGGAGAACCAGCCCGACCGCGUUGCUGCCUUCAAGACCGACAUCCAGAACUUCGUCAAGCACGUGCUUUCCAACUUCAGUGACUUCGAGUUCUACAUUGGCGAGUCCCUUGACCUUGAGGCAGGACUUGUCUACGCGUACUACAACGGUGAGGAGGUUGCGCCAAGGCUUGUCUACAUCAAGGACGCCUUGACGGAGGAGCGCUACUGA